UAGAGGUCAGCUCAACAUGUUAGCUUGAAGAACCUUAGGUCUUUUUCCAUCUUGGAGCUUCUAAGCAUUCUCUUCUUAAUCAAUGGAGCAACACUGAAACUAGAAUGGAAAUGGAGGAGAGUUUUUCUGCUCAGGACCCAGAGUUCCUUUCAUCAGCUGGAUCAGGGGUAGACCUGCAGCCUGACACAGAGCAGGUAGAGACAGAGACAAUCUCUGAAGACUCAGCGCAGCUCUCCAUAGAGGCUGCGAGCGUCUCCUCUGAGCAAAACCAGGUCUCCGCCGAUCUGGGUAGGGUGUACUCUCAGCUGGCCUUCAUCACCUUCCGGAGGCAGCUGCUCCACAACCGGCGGAUCAUGCUGCUGAAGAUGCAGCAGUUCAGAAAUAAGAGAAAAGACAGGGAAGCUCUGUCCCCGACAGUCUCUUUCCCAGAGGAGUCUGAGCCUACAGAGCUGGAGGCCAUAGAACAGGAGCUACAUGAUCUGGUGGAAAGAGAACAGGAGCUACUACAGAUACAGACAGACAACAACAUUGGACCGGAUCACAAACCACUGUCAGACUAUACAGAGGAACUCAUUGCCCCCUAUCAAGGAGUGUAUGUCCUACCGAGUAACACACCAGAGAACAUUAAACAAUAUACACAGACUACACCUCCUGCUGCGCCAGAGGUCCCAGAGGACAUAGUGGAGGUGGAGAAGCUCAAUAGUGACCCAGCGAUCGUCCAAUGCCCUAUCUGCGAGCAGGUCAUCACCACGGAAACGUAUCGCAAAAUAGGAGGGGCAGCCUGGAUGCUAUGCCUUGUGUCCAGCAUGUUAGGGUGUGUGGCUGGGUGCUGUCUCAUCCCCUUCUGCUUGGACAACCUAAAGGACGUCAGACAUCGAUGCCCUGAGUGUCACAGCAACAUCUACACCGCAGAACGGAUGUGAAGACAGAAUGGUACUUCUACAGAUACCAUAUCACUGGCUACUGUUUCUUUGGUAUUGGAUGGAGAGGGACAGUGAAUGGAGUGGUUGGAUGGGCGUUAUGCCCUCUGAACUGUGGGACAUUAGAAGAUGAGAGACUGGACAGCUCUAAUGACACCUGGUGGCAGAUGCCGUACAGUACUGUGUUAUGAUCACAGUUUGAGGGGAUGGAGAUUGACUGUUGUUGGGGUGAUAGUUUCUUUCUUGAAAAAGUUGUGAGGAUGAUCCUAAAAAGCACUAUGAAUCUCGAGCAGUGUCCAGCUGUGACAGCAUUUGGUUCUAUCAACGGUGCAGAAUCCAACAGAACCUGAGAAGACUUUCUGACCAAAAUUAUGGACUGGAAUAACACAUACUGAAAGAAUAUAGCGUUCCUUGCUUCAUUAUCUGUAGAACAUAUGUUUGUAUAUUCUAAGAGAAAAUAUUUCUACUCACCAGAGACCGUAUGAGAACAUGAUCAUUGAAGCCUAAUCAACGCAUUGGUCAUGCAAAUGUCAAAGGGAAAGCAGGUGAUGCAUUGACAGUAAGCCAUUUACCACACAACCACCUAGGAUUUAUGAAAAUGAAGACAAACAUUUACCAGCAAGCAACAAUAGCCUGUAUAUUCUACUUCCCUCUUUCUUUACAGUGACAAAGGUCAACGUAAGUGAAUUAACCUGGCAAAUGUUGAACUGUAAUUUUCCAUUUUCCUUUCAAGUGUUUUGUUUAAUAUUGUGGAACUACAGAACAUCAAAUCUAAUAACGCCUCAAAUGCUUACUACUUUUAUAUAGUACAAUUAUACAAUGGAGUAUGAUGCUGUGUUAGUUUUUGACAGCUUAACAUCAUUUCAAAAGAUAUUCACAGUAGAGCUUUACUUUAACAAUAAUCUCAGCAGCCCAGGACCAAACCUCACGUGAGCGCUGGCCUCCAGCCGCAGAUGUUAGGAGAGACUUUCACAAUGCACCACAUUUUAUUGACACAAAAGGCAUUCAGUACAUAUAUGUUUUCAUAUUAUUUACAAAAUAGAUAUAAUGGAUGUGCUACACAUGUAUAAAAAUAUGCAUGACAAGUGUGUACACAAUGUGCAAAAUGUAUGUAUGGUGUACAAAUGACAGACUUGACAGUGUGUGUGUGUGGGGUGGCGGCAGAUGUCUUACUACACUGAACAAAAAUAUAAAACACAACAUAAAAAAUGUUGGUCCCAUGUUUCAUGAGCUGAAAUAAAAGAUCGCAGAAAUGUUCCAUACACACCAAAAGCUUAUCUCUCUCAAAUGUUGUGUUAGUGAGCAUUUCUCCUUUGCCAAAAUAAUCCAGCCACCUGACAGGUGUGGCAUAUCAAGAAGCUGAUUAAACAGCAUGAUCAUUACUAAGGUGCAUCUUGU